UGCCAGGAGAGAGUAUUCUGCUGGUGGGAAAGGCAGAAAGCCACUUGGCUUUCCUUGACCCCACGGCAGAUGCAGGAGGCACUGACCCCCGGGCACCUGAAGAAGGCCAAGCUGAUGUUUUUCUUCACCCGCUACCCCAGCUCCACUUUGCUGAAGACCUACUUCCUUGAUGUGCAGUUCAGCCGCUGCAUCACCUCCCAGCUCAUCAAGUGGUUCAGCAACUUCCGUGAGUUUUACUACAUCCAGGUGGAGAAGUUUGCGCGGCAGGCCCUGCUGGAGGGAGUUGUGGAUGCUUGUACUCUCCAGGUCUCCCGGGACUCGGAGCUCUUCCGUGCCCUCAACAUGCACUACAACAAGGGGAAUGACUUCGAGGUGCCAGGGCGGUUCCUGGAGGUGGCCAGCCUGACACUGCAGGAGUUCUUCAGUGCCGUCAGGGCAGGCAAGGAUGCCGACCCCUCCUGGAAGAAACCCAUUUACAAAAUCAUUUCCAAACUAGACAGUGACAUCCCAGAAGGGUUCAAAGCUGCUGGCUGCUCCCAAGAACUGCUCCACAGCUGAGUCUCUGUGAAAGCAGCCCUGGGUUGUGUGUGCAGCCACCAUGUGCACCUCCUGGGCACUCUGUACAGCACCUGUUAUUUGGGGUAUUCUCUCUCUGAGACAGCUCCUAAGGUGAGGCCUAUCACUUGCCUCAUGUGCUGGGAUUUUAUGCUGUGCAUUGUAUUCUGCUGCUCAGAACUGGUGAGGACUGCCAGAAGGGAGGGACAGAGAUGAAACCAUCAGGUUGGAGCCUGAGAAGUUGCCCUGCCCCAGAUCUCCCUAUGACCCUGACUGAGCCGCCUUCAUUCUCUCUUCCAGAGGGUCACAAACCAGGGCAAACAGCCUUGCUGUUUAUAAAACAGGAAGAGGUCCUAGUAGUGGGCAAAGUUUCCUUGGCACAGCAGACUAGCAGAUGUACUUAGUCCAAAAGCAUGACUCAGUUUCUGUCCAGAUACAACACACCAGUGUCCAAAGAAAACAGCUGGUGAAUUCCAGCGGCUCGAGCACUCCAUGGGGAUAGUUGUUCCUGUCUGGGAUAUGUAAAAACGAUGUUUGUUCUAGCCAACAAGAAUAACACUCUCCUCCACCUCCCCUGUGCUGUCAGACAAGACCCCCCUGUGCAGCUGUGUGCUGUGGCCAAGCAGGUGUGUGCUCCCCAGCAGCAUCCUCUGGGAUGCUGGAGGAGAGCAGGCUGCACAGGCAGCUCUUCUUGGCACUCCAAAGAGUCUCCAUCAGCCCAUCACCUGGGAGGACAGCUCCAUGUUAAACACCCAUCCAUGUUCUCCCACACUGUGUUCCUGCUGGCAAAACUGCCCCAAGCAUCUCUGUUCUGCACCCUGCCCUUGGUGAAAGAGGAGAAUGUUAUUUGAGAUCCAUCAGUCCCUGUGGUUUUAACACAAGCUGGGGAAGAGCUGGGCCUUGACAUACACAACCCCAUUGCUGUAAGGGCUGUAAACUCAAGGAGGUUUCUUUAUCCUGUGGCCAAGACUUAGUGACCACUUUUCUACCUGAUGGAGCAUGGUGAAGUGUUUUGUGUUAAGGGCUCUCUAAUCCUCACAGAGGUGGCAGUGGAGAGGAAAAGGCUGUGAAGAGGAGGGAGUCCUGACAGAGGCAUGGCACGAGGGCACUGGGAGGGCAGUGAUGAGCAAUAAAACUCACACAAAACCCUCAGGGAGAAGACUGGGAAAAGGCCAAGGUAAUUUUGGAGGUGCUGUAAGGUGUCAGCUGGUACUAGAAUGCAGCAAGUGACUCUCAAGAGGAGAAGCACAGCUCCAGCAUCAGAUGAAUGCUUGGGGUGAUCCAUAGGCAAUGCAUCUACAGGAGUAAAGAAGUGGCAACAUCAGGACACAGUGGGGAGCUCCGAAACAGGGGCAGUUUGACAAUGGUUCCCCCCAUUACGAGUGUGGCCACCAGAUUUCCUGCUCCUUUUUGUGUAUUUAUUUCUCCAAGUUUGUAUAUUUUACAACCCCAACACAAAAUUUACAUGAUUCCUUUUUAAAUAAACACAUUGUUUAAGUUACCCCUUUACAUCCCUGUAUACCUAUUUGAUAACAUCUGUUCUAAAGAGUUAUCCUAGAAAUUUCUUGCUUUUUGUUGGGAAAAAUAACACCACAGAAAAAGGGCAUUCCUUCUGCCAGCAUCUCUGUAGGGUCAGGAAGGCUCCAGUAACUAACAUCAGCUCCUUUAAACCUGCCCCCUCACGCCAGUGCCUCAUGGUUAGUCUGCUCUGAAGUGCAGCUUGUGAGGAUCAGGAAGGAGGGGCUGGAGGCACACAGACAUAUCCUAAAGCUUAAGGGUGCUGGACUCGUGUACAACAUCAAAUAAAUGCUGCUGGUGGUACCAUGAAUGUGGUAUUCUUGAGGCAGUAAUGACUUCACAGCUUAAGUAAUGCUUUGGAUAGGCAAAACCAAAGCUGCUGGAAAGGAGAACGAUGGGCUGGCUCAGGGAAGGGUCAGCAAAUUCAUGUUUGUAGCUAAAUAAUUAGGGAACAUAAGGUACAGGUUUACUGGAGGCAUCCUGCUGAAACAAAGCCUUCUCACACAGAGUUCCUGGUGGGGCUAGCAGUUUCUUGCUUCCUGUGGUAAAAUGCAAGUCCAUGAGUGCCAGUAAAACAGCAGGUGGGGUACCAAGGACAAGACAGUUCCCCAAAUCCCAGUCAUGCAGUGGCUGAGGUUGUAGGAGAUGUCUGGAGGUCAUCUUGUCAAACCCCCUGCUCUAGCAGGGCCACUGAGAGAUGGUUACCCAAGACCGUCAGAGGGGUUUUAAGUAUCUCCAAGUAAGGAGGGAAUGUUCUUGAAAGGGUCCUUCCCUCAAACACACAUUAAUGAAGACAUUUAAGAGGACUGGACUAUUUGCAGCAGCAUUUGUGCUCCAGUGGUUGCCACAAAGUCCAUGAUGGGAACUAGA